AUGGCACAAGAGAGCGCGGCGGCCCCGCCUGUGGAGAAGAAGGACGUCUUGCCCAAGGCGGACGCAAACGAAAAGUGCGAUGAGAAUUCUUCUCAAAAAGCAGAUGCGCCCGAAGCAGUGACGUCAGAGUCGGCACCAGACGACAAAAAGGCGCCUGCUUCUUCUGACGAGCCGCCCAAGAAGGAGCCGGCUGCGGACACAAACCCUGCGCAAGAGACCAAAACAAAAAAGCCCUUAUCGGCACCCGUCAAAAAGCGCACUUCUCAGCUGGGGGCGCUUGCGACAAACACACGCAAGAAGCGCAAGAGCCAAUUGGCGGAUUUGAGCGCGGCCGUCACGGCUCAGCCUGUCAAGCUCAACACGCUGGAAAAGUCUAAGCUCGAUUGGGAGUCCUACAAAGGGACCGUCCCCGCCGCUGAAACCGAAACCAUGACUGAUGCCGAGCGCGACGAGCUCGAGUCGCAGACGCAUGGGGGUGGAAGCGGUCUAGCGAACGUCAAGGGAUACUUGCACCGCAAAGAGUUCCUGGAUCGUGUGCAUAAUCGCCUCGACUCGCAAGAGUACGACGCUCACCACUCGCUCAAGUAG